AGGACUUACACUUCCUAAUGAAUAUUUAUCCGCCGCUGCUUCUUGCUCCUGGCUUCCCUUACCUUUCCGCAGGUCAGUCCAUGGUAUUCCGCUCCCCCCUAGACCUCUAUUCCUCCCACUUCUUGUUGCCAAACUUCGCCGAUUCUCACCACUGCUCCCUACUUCUGGCGAGUAGCGGCGGCGGGAACAGUGCGGGAGGCGGCGGCGGCGGCGGCGGCGGGGGAGGCGGCGGCGGCGGCGGCGGCGGGGGAGGCGGCGGCGGCAGCGGCGGCGGCGGCUCCAGGGCCCCCCCGGAAGAGUUGUCCAUGUUCCAGCUGCCCACCCUCAACUUCUCGCCGGAGCAGGUGGCCAGCGUCUGCGAGACGCUGGAGGAGACGGGCGACAUCGAGCGGCUGGGCCGCUUCCUCUGGUCGCUGCCCGUGGCCCCCGGGGCUUGCGAGGCCAUCAACAAACACGAGUCGAUCCUGCGCGCGCGCGCCGUGGUGGCCUUCCACACGGGCAACUUCCGCGACCUCUACCACAUCCUGGAGAACCACAAGUUCACCAAGGAAUCUCACGGCAAGCUUCAGGCCAUGUGGCUCGAGGCGCAUUACCAGGAGGCCGAGAAGCUGCGCGGCCGCCCGCUCGGCCCGGUGGACAAGUAUCGCGUGCGCAAGAAGUUCCCGCUGCCGCGCACCAUCUGGGACGGCGAGCAGAAGACGCAUUGCUUCAAGGAGCGGACUCGGAGCCUGCUGCGGGAGUGGUACCUGCAGGACCCCUACCCCAACCCCAGCAAGAAACGCGAACUGGCGCAGGCCACCGGCCUCACUCCCACACAAGUAGGCAACUGGUUUAAGAACCGGCGGCAGCGCGACCGCGCCGCAGCGGCCAAGAACAGGCUCCAGCACCAGGCCAUCGGACCGAGCGGCAUGCGUUCGCUGGCCGAGCCCGGCUGUCCGACGCACGGCUCGGCAGAGUCGCCGUCCACGGCGGCCAGCCCGACCACCAGCGUGUCCAGCCUGACAGAGCGCGCGGACACCGGCACCUCCAUCCUCUCGGUAACCUCCAGCGACUCGGAAUGUGAUGUAUGAUAGCCAAGGCGGCCCUCCUCCCCCACCCCUUCCCUCUCCAAGUCCUCCUCCUCCUCCUUCUCCUCCUCCUCUUCACCCACCUCCUCUCCCUUCAGUUCCCACUCCAUCCCCAGAACAAACCGAAAAUCAGGAUACACAACCAUACACACAUGAGUCCACAUACACUCCCACCCCAGCCAAAAAAAUAUAUAUAUAAACCAAGAAAAAUAAAUUAACCGCAAACCACCAACAAC